UUGCUUGAGGCCAAGAGUUGGAGAUCAGCCUGAGCAACAUAGCGAGACUCUGACUCUACAAAAAAUAAAACAUAAAAUUCAUCUUUAUAUUCCCAGCUCCUAGUACAGAAUAGACAGAUGCUCUUUACAAGGAAGUACACGGGGCGGGGGUGGGGUGGGGGGGUGGGUGUGGAGAAGAUAGAUGUUCCAUAAAUGCUAAUGAAAUUUACAUUUACUCCAAGUAGACGGCACUGAAUAAAUACUAUAUCAGAAAUAUAAAUCCAUGGCAAAUCCAUCAUUUGCUCUAGACAUAAAAAUCCAUAGUUCUCCAAAAGGAUAUGAGAGAGAGGAAUAGCCAGAAUAAGAAUCAGUGGCUCAUGUGCUUAAGACUCACUUGGGAAGCUUAUUUAAAACAUAGACUUCUGGGCCAGGCAUGGUGGAUCACACCUGCAACCCUAGCACUUUGGGAGGCUGAGGCAGGCGGAUCGCUUGAGCCCAGGAGUUCAAGACCCACCUGGGCAACAUGACAAAACCCCAUUUCUACCAAAAAAAAAUAUAUAUAUAGAAAAAUUAGCUGGGCAUGGUGGUAUCUGCCUGUAGUCCCAGCUAUUUAGGAGACUGAGGUGGGAGGAUGGCUUGAGUCCAGAAGAUAAAGGUUGCAGUGAGCUGAGACUGCACAACUACACUCCAGCCCAGGCAACAGAGUCAGACUCUGUCUCAAGAAAAAAAAAAAAAAAAAAAAAGACAGAUUUCUUUCACACAAAUACAUGUAAGACAAAAAUUCGACACUGUUUUAUUUAUAACAGGCCCAAACUGGAAACAUCCAAAGAGCCCUCAAGAGGUGGACGGCUAAGCACAUCAUGGUGGGUCCAUCAAAAGGCAUACUAGUCAGCAACAAACCACAGAGCGUCUGCUGACGUGCCUGACAGCACGGGGGAGUCGCACAGACAUUUCGUUAAAGCAGCCAGACACAAGACACGCAGUCUGAUUCUCAAAAGACAAAACCAUUCUACAGGAAGUGGAGAGUGGUUACCCAGGGCAGGAAUGGAGGAAGGGGCUCCCCAGGGAAAGGAUGGACCCUUUGGAGUGACAGAAAUCUGCUGUUUUGACUGUGAUUCUAGUGGCUCCAUUUGGAUGUAUAUCCACUUACUCUAUGUAAACACUAUCGCAAUAAAAUUGACUUUAUAAGACUAAAAGAAUUCAAAAACCCUGUAAUCCCGCCAAUUUUAAAAAUGUCCCCUCCUGUCCUUUCCUUUUUUCAGGCGGCCGGGAAGAUGGCGGACAUUCAGACUGAGGGUGCCUACCAAAAGCAGCUGACCAUCUUUCAAAACAAGAAGAGGGUCCUGCUGGGAGAAACUGGCAAGGAGAAGCUCCCACGGUACUACAAGAACAUCGGUCUGGGCUUCAAGACACCCAAGGAGGCUAUUGAGGGCACCUACAUUGACAAGAAAUGCCCCUUCACUGGUAAUGUGUCCAUUCGAGGGCGGAUCCUCUCUGGCGUGGUGACCAAGAUGAAGAUGCAGAGGAUCGCUGUCAUCCGCCGAGACUAUCUGCACUACAUCUGCAAGUACAACCACUUCGAGAAGCGCCACAAGAACAUGUCUGUACACCUGUCCCCCUGCUUCAGGGACGUCCAGAUCAGUGACAUCGUCACAGUGGGCGAGUGCCAGCCUCUGAGCAAGACAGUGUGCUUCAACGUGCUCAGGGUCACCAAGGCUGCCGGCACCAAGAAGCAGUUCCAGAAGUUCUGAGGCUGGACAUCGGCCCGCUCCCCACAAUGAAAUAAAGUUAUUUUCUCAUUCCCAAAAAAAAAAAAAAAAAAGUCCCCUCCUCAUAUUCGAAUCCUGUAGACCUACUUUGGGAGCUUGGGAACCUAUAUUUUUGUCUGUUUGUUGAGAUGGAGUCUUGCUCCAUUGCCGAGGCUGGA